AACCCGCGUAAGCAACCGACCCGACCGCCUAUCCAUAUUUCAAAGUCUGCUGCUAUAUAUACAAUACAAACACAUGGCAGCAAUCUCACACGCAAUAAUUCCUCAAUUAAACCUAAUUGACGCCCAAACAUCUCAUCUCAUUCACACCCAAACAUCAUCGCCGAUUCGCCGUUGCUCUCAUUCACACCCAAACAACCAAACAUCAUCGCCGAUCCCGCUGCUCUUCACUCGCCGUUGUUGGUCUCCGCUCACCGCCGCUGCUCUCCUCACCGUCGAGAAAACAGGAGCUUCUUCUUCUUCAGAAGCCCUAGAGAGACGAUCGGUGAAUCUAACGCCUGUGCAAUUCCUGCUCCAGAUCGAAAUGGUUAUUCGUCCUCCAGUCAAACAAGAAAGAAUCACCAAGUUUCUCAAACCGUACAUCUUGAAGAUGCACUUCACAAACAAGUUUGUGUCAGCCCAAGUCAUCCACUCACCAACUGCCACAGUAGCCUCCGCUGCAAGCUCGCAAGAGAAGGCACUGAGAUCAAGCAUGGAAUCGACUAGGGACGUCGCUGCUGCUGCAAAGAUAGGGAAGAUUCUCGGGGAGCGCUUGCUGGUUAAUGAAAUCCCUGCUGUUUCUGUUUUCUUGAAGAGAGAGCAAAAGUAUCAUGGUAAGGUGAAAGCUGUGAUCGAUUCCUUGAAGGAAGCAGGAAUCAAACUUGUCUGACGGACAAAUAAAACCUUUGUUGGAUAUUCUUGUUUAACUGUUUUUCCUUGAACAAAUAUUUUAUCCAAUGGGUUCUUGUUUUUGGCUAUGUUUACUGGAGGAAAAUCGAUAUGGAUUUCAACUUGUCGAUGCUUUCUGUUGUUCACGAGUUAUUGGAGUGUAAUUUCUUGGGUUGAUUCGUCCUUGGUUGUGCAGCUAUGCUCUGUCCAGAGUUUACCCAGACACAGAAAUUGAAAAACAUCUUUUGAUGA